CCAUAGUUCAAUGACAAAGUUCAUCUUCAUCUUCUAACCGCUUCAUCCUCUUGAGGGUCGCGGGGGGGCUGGAGCCUAUCCCAGCUGACAUCGGGCGAGAGGCAGGGUACACCCUGGACAGGUCGCCAGACUAUCGCAGGGCUGACACAUAGAGACCAACAACCAUUCACGCUCACAUUCACACCUACGGACAAUUUAGAGUUAUCAAUUAACCUAGUCCCCAAUCUGCAUGUUUUUGGACUGUGGGAGGAAGCCGGAGUGCCCGGAGAGAACCCACGCUGACACGGGGAGAACAUGCAAACUCCGCACAGAAGGGCUCCCACACCCGGGAUCGAACCGGCAACCCUCUUGCUGUGAGGCGAGAGUGCUAACCACCACACCACCGUGCCGCCUCAAUGACAAACUUUCCGAGAGACAACAAUUCAGUGAAGAUGAGACCAUGGUCCCAGUACUAACCUCCAGAAAAGCCAGUGAACUCCCCGUCAACGAAGUAGCCUGUGUCCUGCAGGCCGACCUGCAGUUGGGUCUGACCCAUGAGGAGGUGUGCCGGAGGAGAGCUUACCACGGCUGGAAUGAGUUUGACAUCAGUGAAGAGGAGCCGCUAUGGAAGAAAUACAUCUUACAGUUCAAAGACCCUCUCAUCCUGUUGCUGUUGGCGUCGGCCGUCAUCAGCAUUCUCAUGCACCAGUUUGAUGACGCCAUCAGCAUCACAGUGGCCAUCAUCAUCGUAGUGACAGUUGCUUUUGUCCAGGAGUACCGCUCAGAGAAGUCUCUAGAAGAGCUCGGGAAGCUGGUGCCUCCAGAAUGUCACUGUAUCAGGGAGGGGAACCUGGAGCACAUGCUGGCCAGAGAGCUGGUUCCUGGAGACACCGUCUGUCUGUCGGUGGGAGAGAGAGUCCCAGCUGACCUCCGCCUCGUCGAGGCGACUGACUUGUCUGUGGAUGAGUCCAGUCUGACGGGGGAGACCACCCCCUGCUCCAAGUCCACCUACCACCAGCCAGCAUCUACCAAUGGAGACAUCGCCUCCCGCAGCAACAUCGCCUUCAUGGGAACACUGGUGCGCUGCGGCCGAGCCAAGGGCAUCGUUAUAGGAACCGGAGAGAACUCAGAGUUCGGGGAGGUUUUCAAGAUGAUGCAAGCAGAAGAGGCUCCUAAAACACCGCUACAGAAGAGCAUGGACCUGCUGGGGAAGCAGCUGUCGCUCUACUCCUUCGGCAUCAUAGGGGUCAUCAUGCUGGUGGGCUGGCUGCAGGGGAAGAGGAUCCUGGACAUGUUCACCAUCGGUGUCAGUCUGGCGGUAGCUGCCAUCCCAGAGGGUUUACCCAUCGUGGUGACGGUGACGCUGGCGCUCGGUGUGAUGCGUAUGGUGAAGAAAAGAGCCAUCGUCAAGAAGCUUCCCAUCGUAGAAACUCUGGGCUGCUGUAACGUGAUCUGCUCAGAUAAGACGGGGACGCUGACCAAGAACGAGAUGACCGUCACUCAGCUGUUCACGUCCGAUGGACUCCAUGUUGAGGUGACGGGCGUCGGCUACAACGGAACAGGAGAAGUUUUACUGGAUGGAGAGAUCAUCCACGGCUUCUCCUGCCCGUCAGUCAGCAAGAUUGUAGAGGUUGGCUGUGUGUGCAACGACUCGGUCAUCAGGAAUAACAAUCUGCUGGGACGGCCGACAGAGGGAGCGCUCAUCGCCCUCGCCAUGAAGAUGGGGCUGGAGAGCCUGAAGCAGGAGUAUGUGCGUCUGGAGGAGAAUCCCUUCACCUCAGAGCAGAAGUGGAUGGCUGUUCGCUGUGUUCACCGCACCCAGCAGGAUAAGCCUGGAGUUUACUUCGUGAAGGGAGCCUUCGAGCAGGUGAUCCGCCUCUGCAGCUCCUACAACAGCAGAGGAACCACACUGUCACUCAGCCACCAGCAGAGGGAGCUGUACCAGCAGCAGAUCAGCUACAUGGGCACAGCUGGUCUCAGAGUCCUGGCGUUUGCGGCGGGCUCGGAGAUGGGGAACCUGACCUUCCUGGGACUGGUGGGCAUCAUCGACCCCCCGAGGUCAGGGGUCAAAGAAGCCGUAGGGACGCUCAUCAACUCCGGAGUCGCCAUUAAGAUGAUUACUGGAGAUUCACAGGAGACAGCUGUGUCCAUAGCCAGUCGGUUGGGUCUGUACUCUAAAGGCUGUCAGUGUUUGUCUGGAGACGAGGUGGAUCAGCUCGACCUGCAGCAGCUUUCACACGUCGUCCCCAGAAUAGCUGUGUUUUAUCGAGCCAGUCCUCGACACAAGCUGAAGAUCGUCAAGUCCCUCCAGAACAUCGGUGCUGUGGUGGCCAUGACAGGCGACGGAGUGAACGAUGCCGUUGCUCUGAAGGCCGCUGACAUCGGCGUGGCCAUGGGCCAGACGGGCACUGAUGUCUGCAAGGAAGCGGCCGAUAUGAUCCUGGUGGACGACGACUUCCAGACCAUCAUGUCGGCCAUCGAGGAAGGAAAAGGAAUUUACAACAACAUUAAAAACUUUGUCCGCUUCCAGCUGAGCACGAGUAUUGCAGCUCUGACGCUCAUCUCCUUGGCAACGCUGAUGAACUUCCCCAACCCACUGAAUGCCAUGCAGAUCCUGUGGAUCAACAUCAUCAUGGACGGACCUCCUGCUCAGAGUUUGGGCGUGGAGCCCGUGGACCGGGACGUGAUCAGACAGCCUCCCCGUAAUGUCAGAGACAGCAUCAUCACUCGCAGCCUGCUCGUCAAAGUGCUGGUGUCGGCGCUCAUCAUCGUCUGCGGGACGCUGUUUGUCUUCUGGAGAGAGUUGCAGGACAACGUGAUCACUCCUCGAGACACCACCAUGACCUUCACCUGCUUCGUCUUCUUUGACAUGUUCAACGCUCUGAGCUCUCGUUCACAGACUCGGAUGGUGCACGAGAUGGGUCUGUGUAGCAACAGGACCUUCUGUUACGCCGUCCUGGCCUCCAUCAUGGGUCAGCUGCUCGUCAUCUACUUCCCUCCUCUGCAGAACGUCUUCCAGACAGAGAGCCUCAGCAUCUUUGACCUGCUGUUCCUGGUGUCCCUCACCUCCUCCGUGUGUGUGGUGUCUGAGGUCAUCAAGAUGGUGGAGAGGCGGAUAGGAGCCGAGAGGAGGAGCCUGCCCUCCGACUACUGCCACGAGGUAUGACCCCCCUCCUCCUCCCACCACACCGGCUGUCCGGGCCGAAGGACUCUGAGGUUUGGAGGAAGAAGAGGAGGAUGAGGGUGACGAGUUUUAGGAUCUCACAACCGAUGGCACUGACUAAUUAAGACUGAGAGGACUUGUGGGAUUUUCCUCCUCAGGAGAAACUCUGGUCUGGGACUGGAGGAAGCUCCCAGCCUUGGGGAGGGGAUGGAGGGAGGUGGGUUAAACUGGGAGGACAAGAUAGCUGCUGGGAGAUCUGACCCUGUUCUAAAGUGGAGGGUUUUUAUACCGGUCCACAGCAGCUGUUUGUAGACUGCUGACCGGAACACCGCCACUGACCAACCACGUUUACUCCUCGUUAUUUAGGACGUCCUCUUUAAGAUAUCCCUCUGGAGAAUCAAGGCUAGAGACGUGUGCAAUUCUCUUCCAGUCCUCUUUUUUUAAAUCUACUAUUUAGAAGGUGUUGACCACUGUUCAGCUCGCUUUUCAUGGUUGGAAGCGUAACUUCUUGUUUUGAUUCCUCUAUAGAUGGUUUACAGUUUAUCAGUGGAGGUGUAACGGUGCAACAUUCACCGUUAAAAGUUUUCAGCUCAGCGGGGACAAUAAAUGUUAGGAAUUAUUUACAUUUAUUUAAGGCGUAAUAGAGGCGCACAGGUACGGGAGGCGAGAAUGGACUUUUUUUAAUGCCGUUAUCUCAACAUCAUGAGUUCAUUAUUUUGUUACUUUGAAAUUACAAAGCUCGUUUUCUUUUGACAAAACGCUGAUUUAUGCCGAUUCUUGAGAAAACGAAAGGCAGAUUUUUUUAGAUAAUUUAUCACAAAAAGAAAAGUGACUUGUUUUCCAAUUUCCCAUGAUCUUAAGAAAGCAAAAGUUGUUUUCUUGUGAUAAAUUAACUCUUGAGAAAUCCACCAUAAAAUUUUUCGAAAAUCUCCAUGAAUCAGCCUGUUAUCACGAGAAAACAAGCUUUAUGAUCUCCAGAUAACGACAUUAAAAAACAAUCGUAAUCACGGCCGGUCUGGGCUUCCGUACACAGGUCUGAAUAUCUGCUGUAAAAAAUAAAGUACUGAAACAUUUACACAUAGUCAAUUAUUUAAAGAAAACUAAGUCAGUGUUGCUGUGUGCACAUAAAGGAACAUUUCACUUCACUUUGAGCAUAUAAAGCUUUAAUUUUUUGUUUUCCUGUUUGGAAGUCUGUGACUGCCAAUAUUAAAAAAAAUAGUUUAAUCAAAUCAAAGCUUCAUUUUCGUAAUCAUAGACAGAUUUCACACAAAGAGACCUGUCUUGUUAUCGUGCAAAUUUCAAACACUGGUUGUUGCACAACAGAAAGUCUGACUGACAGGUGCGUUUGAGUCGAGACCAGGAGUUUUCAGGCGAAGGACCCCUCAGCUGUAAGACAUAUUGUAUAAUAUUAAAUUAAGUUGCACUUCAGAUAAUUCUCUAAAUAUUUUUAGGGCUUCUCUCGUUUGCCUGAAGCUACGAAGUCAGCAGCAGCUGUAGCCUCACCCUGUGCACUUUCACCGGUGGUUCCUGAGGUGGACGGUGUGUUAAAGUUAAAAAACGAUCCACAAGAAUAUCUGUACACUCAGAAUAAUUACGAAAAAUAAAAAAAAGGUGCCACACACAUUAACUUAGCGUUAGCUAGCUCACUUGAUAGCACAAGGAUUCAUGGGUAACAGCCUGUUGUUAACGUUUCAUGAAUGGGUCGAUUUAUUUUUGCUGCUGAUAUGUUAGAUUCAUGUUAAUGUGCAUUUUCAGACACAUUAAAAAAACUAAAUUAACAAGCUGUAAUUUGUCAGGCCCCCUACAGUAACUCUGAGGAACCCCUAAUGAAGACCCAGGGUUUAGACCCAGCCCUGAGGAGAGCUGCUCAGCCUUGCAGACAAUUUCCCCAGUGGCCACUCGCGGUAUUACAAUGAAAAAAAUGCCCUGCAGCCCCAAAGACCACGGUUAUAAAAGAGACGUCUGUAACACUGCUGACAGGACACCUUGAACUGCAAAUAUUGAUCUCUCUAUUCUGAAUUUUUUGAUCCAUGAAGAUUUUAUAUUUGUUAAAUUUUCCUCUAGCCGAAAAAAGCCCUUAAAAAAUCUGUGACAUCAUCACAAUGUAAAGUCUAUGAGCUCAGCAGGAACUCGCAGGCGAGGCCAGCGGGAGAAACACUACUGUGUAUAUUCAGUGAGCCGCAUAACGAGGAAGUAAGGCGAGCAACUCCACUGGAACGAAUAGGCGCCAUUAUCAAAGAUCUGUGGUCUAGACUGUUAAAAAAAUCACAUGAUAAUUUUUACCUGCUGAACGUUUUGAAAACUGAAAAUGAAUAAUAAAGAAAUGUUGUUGAAAUAAGUUAAAAUCAAAGCGUAGUUUAUAUUCACGGUUUAAUUUAAACAUCCAGGUUGUAGUUUUGUUUCUGCCAAUUUUAAAGAUAAAUAAUCUGUUUCAUAUUCAAUGUUAUUAUUAUAAUGAUAAUAUUUAAGGCAGACUGAUGUUGAGGAGCAGAAAGAAAGAUUAUUUGACUUAAUUUCCAUUUUGGCAGUAAUCAUGCUUUUUCAAACAUGAAAAUAAAAAUUGGAUUUUACUUCUUUUUGUAUGAUUUUGUUUACAGAAGUUGAAAAUUAUAUUUGUUGUCAGAUAUAUUCACAUCAGGAUUCAGCAGCUUGUUUGAUUAAUAAAGUUUGAUUUUAAUGUCGGCAGCCGGAGACGUCCUCGCUCUGUCUGUGAUCAAACACUCCUCUGGUCCGUGUAGGACUCAGUAGUCUACUGUGGGAAAUCUGUACGUCCCAUUUUACCAAAUACUAAAAUAACUUUUGAGAAUUAUGUUUGUUUUUCAUUGAAUAAAAGAAGCCAAAGUUUUCAAUUUUUUAAUGUUGUUGAAACACGAGCAGCCAUAAAAGAACUUUGUCUGAAUAAAGAUAAAAUCCAGAAAUGGUAAAAUCUGAUUAACAGGAUAUUAAUCUGAUCAGAUAUUUGAUGUCCUGAAUCUGCUGUCAAUAAAGACGAAUCAUGUUUGAUGCAGAUAUUUUAAUGUCAAACCAUGUUAACACACAUUUUCUUUUUCUUUUUGUCGUGUUUACUGUUAAACCUCCCAGACGUAAAUGACUGUGGAGGCUCUUUGAGCUCUUCUGAUUUCUGUUUACUAAAACCGACAGUUUUUGUUUGGUGGGUUGUAACUAGACGUCUCAGGUCGCCUUCACAUCUAAACUGUGUUGUCGUCUACUCUCGGUUCAUUUAUGAUAAUAUUGUUAUUAUCCAGACAGAGCAGAAAUCUUUUUGCUUUCUUCGGUCCCGACCAACUGAACCGAACCACAGGUGUGAAAGUGACCCGAACAUUUCGACCCGUCGUCCUGUACGAACAGUUUACGAGGACUGACUGUGCCAUUACACCUCCACUCUGCAGGCUUGCUUCUGUGAUCCAUAUGUUUAUGUUUCAUGCUUCUUCCUAGGCACACUGGUUUAUUUAAAUUAAAAGGAACUCUGGUUUCAGUUGUACAGCUGAUGGCAAACGCUUUUCUGUCAUGUUUAAUCUCCGUCACACUCGCCACCUGGUACAUACCGACGUGUCUGUGGUGGCGAGCGGCGCCUCUGGCCUCACAGUGACAGUGGCUGGAGAACAAGUCAACGCUAAAUGUGGAAUCAGGCCUCAAAAACCACCAAACACAGCAGUGCUGACGCGGUCGCUUCAGGGUACAAACGCAGAUACUUUAGUAACAACGCUUUCUCAUCGUGUGCCUUAGAGAAGUCAUUUAUCUCCACCUCGGUGGAGCGAAGCCCUUUACUGACAGAGUCUGUUCUGUUUCAUCAGUUUCAGCAUUUAAAAGUGAUUUAUAAAGCCCAAAAUAUUGACCUCAAGUUUUAUUUUGCUUUUUUUUUCCUUGUCUCAUUCAGUCGUGAUUUACUCCCACUGCCCCCCCCCCCCCCCCCACCACCACCACCACCACCAAACAUGCUGAGAUUUUGUUUCUGGAUGAGCAAAUGAAAAACGACAACAAAAACACAUUAAAGGACGUUUCCUGUUUUUACAACCUGAGUCUUAUUUUAGUAGCUUCUCCACCAUUUCCUGUUGCUUCUGACAAUAUCUGUGCUCCAAGAUCUGUAGAUGCGGUGACAUGUUUGUGUGUCGCUGCUCAGUGUCACACACAGUAUGACGUCUCAUGGUUCUGAUCCCAACUCAGCAAGUCUGACAAUACCAUCAUCAUAAGCUGAACUGCAGAAGGUUUUAAAGUGUCGUAUAAAAAAAAAAGAGUCCAAUAAAGCAGCACGAGCAGUCAGACAGGUUUGAAGUGAGUCCCACACUGACGGGAGAAUUCCCAAAAGGAUCGUGCAGCUUUUGUGGCGGCUAACCCUGCACAAAUGGAAGGAAUCUGUCAGAAACUUUAGACGUACAAGGUCAUAAAUACCUCAUCACCUGAACCUGAGCACGGCAAACACAACCUUAUUUAAAUGCAGCAUGUAACCAUGGUGAUUGUAGCCAAGGGAAGGCAUCGUCAUGCCUGGUGUGUACCUGUAGCUCACGGUCUGACCAAUGUCAUUUUUAGUUUAGUUUAUAUCGUUUAUGGCUGGUUCGAACCCCAGGGUGAGGGAGCCCUUCAUUGCAGAGUCUGCAUGUUCCCCCUGUGUCAGCGUGGGUUUCCUCCAGGUGCUCCAGCUUCCUCCCACAGUCCAAAGACAUGCAGGUUAAUUGGUGACUCUAAAUUGUCCGUAGGUGUGAAUGUGAGUGUGAAUGGUUGUCUGUCUCUAUGUGUCAGCCCUGUGAUAGUCUGCUGACCUGUCCAGGGUGAACCCUGCCUCUCACCCAGUGUCAGCUGAGAUAGGCUCCACCCCCCCGCGACCCCUAACAGGAUAAGCGGUUACAGAAAAUGAUGUGAUGAUGGUGAAGAUUUUAUUCAUUCUUUAUAGGACAGAAUUACUGGAUUUUCUGUGGAGAAAAAAGAUCCUCUGUCACAAUAAACACAACAGAUGGUGACACAAAUCAAUAGAAACUAAAAUACUAUAAUUUACCAACUCAAAAAUGUGUUUAAACGACUCAGCUAGUUGUUUGUUUGCACAGUUUAUCAGCCGAGGAGAUGAGUAUGACAGUCUCUGUUUGGUUUACAGAAUUUUUCUAAACGUGUUUUCAACCUGUCGAAUUCUCUGACUGCUCCUGUUUUGGCUCCACUGGACUCAUUUCUUCUUAUUUUUGCUACAGGUUUUCUUUCUUUCUAGAAACUAAACUCAGGUUGUAUAAAACGCAGCAGAGCUGACGUUUCUCCCCCGUGUUGAACUCCCAUUUCGGAUCACGUGACCUCCAUCUUGUCCUGCGUCUUCUUUCUCUCACACCUGUUUUUGAGGUCUCUUUUCCACUCCCCACAGCCACAUGUGGUUAAACCCUGUCACACAUCCAGAUGUGCGGCUGGUUUCUCUGUGAGCUUGUACAUUUCACUCUGUAAAAUAACAACAGGUUUGUCUCUUGUCUCGUUGACAUUCAUAAACGCUUGUUAUAUAUAACUUGUGCUUUCUGUGUGCGCUGUGUGUCGGGGGCUAAAGGUGUUUUCCUCUGGAAGCUGAUUGGCUGGAAGGAGCUCACCAGGCUGCAGUCCAGCUGAAACUGUUAGACGAUCAACAGAGAAUUAAUCAGCAACUAUUAAAUAAUCUUUUUAAUUAUAAUUUUUUUUGUUUUUUAAAUGCCAAACAUUCCCCAUCAGUCGCAGCAUCUUAAAUGUGAGGAAAAUAUAAUCAGAUAGAACACUGAGGACGUCACUGUGAGGUUUGGAAAGUUUUUAACGAAUGAUUUAUUAAGAAAAUAUCAGCAGAUAAAUCAAUAAUGAAAAUAAUCAUUACUUGCAGCUCAACCACUCUUGAGAAUUGGGACAAAUCCUGUCCAACAACAAAAAAAACUCUUAAAAUUAGUAGUUUUAAAAUAUAUAUUUUGUGAAAAUUUUGGCCCUUUAAAGAUGUGUCCCAGAUUUUUUAAAUAACAAAAUGUAAUCAGGAAUUAAAGGAGUUCACUGUAUCACAAUGACUCCUGUUUCACUUCCUGGUUUCCAAAAAGGUGUGAAUGCUGCUCAAGUCCUGAUAAACUUUAUAUUUUUUGAUAAACGUAUUAAAUAAUAUUUCUGUCAGGUGUGUCUCAACAACAGGCCAACUCUGCACCCUUCUGAAUCCAAACUAAAUGAGAAUUCAUGGAGAAAUGUAAAUCUCUGACUGAGGAGAAGUUGUCACAGCAGAGCAGGAAGUGCAUUUCUGUUUAUAUCUCUCCUGUUGAGCAGUUACUACAUAGACGCUCCUCUGUGGGCAGCCAUGUCUGUCGGAGUCUCUGUUUCUCCAUAAAUGUCACAGACAAUAUGACAUAUGAACAACAAAAGAAAUCACUGGCUGGUCGGCCUCUUACAAGUUUUAAUAGUCAAGACUUCGAUCUUUUAAAAAAUAUUUUUCAGCCUAAUCAGAGAGCAAAAAUCAAAAACCAAACAAAAAGAAAGGUUUUGUCCCAGUUCUCAAGAAUGAGUGAGCUGUCAUCUAAAUUAAAGUUGUUAAACACAUAUUGUGUUGGUUAAAUUUACAGAAUAGUCCAGUGAAAAAUAUGAAAGUGUUUUUUUAUUUCAUUAUUAUUCUGUAAUGUCUUGAGAUCAUUUUGCAAACAAAGCAGAAAUAAAUACCAGAAGUUUCCCUCAGCAGUUCAUCGAUUCUGCUGACAGAAAUAAAACCGCAAAAAGCUUGAUAAUCUGUUUAUCAUCCUGUCUUUAGUCUUCAUCUAUGUUUUGUCUCAUGUCUCUAAUAAAAUUUUUGGACAGUUUAAAAACGUCACUCUAGCUAAAAAAGAACAAAAAAACAA